CGAACGCGGCACGGACUCAGUCCUCCAGCGAACUCCGCGUUGAGGACUUGUUGAUCCUGUGAACCUACUCAUCAGGAGAUAGUCGAUCCUGCCCGGCCAAGGUGCAAAGGCGCUUCAAGCAAGUUGAGCCAGGGCGCGCAAAAAUAUUAGCGCCGAUCAGUGUAUCUCCAGCAACAUGAAGGCCUGUACGGCGAUAACGCUGGUACUUGUGGCGAACACGGCGUACAUCGGUGUCGAAGCUUGGGGUGGUCUUUUCAACCGCUUCAGCCCUGAGAUGUUAUCCAAUCUCGGCUACGGCGGUCACGGUGGAUAUAUAAAUCGUCCUGGGCUAUUACAGCAGGAAGGAUAUGGCGGCAUAUAUGGGGAAGCAGCUGAACCCACAGAAGAACCCUGCUACGAGAGGAAAUGCGUAUACAAUGAUCAUUGUUGCCCAGGUGCUAUUUGCGUAAACGUCGAUGGAGUUGUCGGAACAUGCGUCUACGACUUCGGCAUGAAACAAGGUGAGCUCUGCAGGAGGGAUAGCGAUUGCGAAACCGGCUUGAUGUGCGCCGAGAUGCCUGGUCGCGAAACGAAAUCGUGUCAACCGCCGACGACUUCGAACAAGUUAUACAACGAGGAGUGCACUAUGUCAAGCGAGUGUGACAUCAGUCGUGGACUGUGCUGUCAACUACAAAGACGACACCGACAAACUCCUAGAAAGGUUUGCUCGUACUUCAAGGACCCGCUAGUAUGCAUCGGCCCGGUGGCGACAGAUCAGAUUAAGUCCGUAAUCCAAUACACCUCCGGCGAGAAACGAAUCACCGGGCAGGGCAGCCGGUUAUUCAAGAGGAUGCCGUUCGCCUAAACGCCUGUUCGUCGUAUCCUGACAGCGCGUGACGGAGGGGAAGUAUAUACAGUCUAGAAUAAGUUACAAGAAAAUCAAAUUCUCCUUUAGUCGUUGUGAAGACACUUAGGUCUAAGCCGAUCCAACAUUAUCUCAAUCUCCUUCUUAGUCCUGACUCUCCUCCACGCCAACAAUACAUCGGGAAGUAUGACGUGAUAAGUGUGCGAUGAAAACAAAAAUAACUGUUACUCGGGGAGGUGCUAUUUCGGGGUGGUGCUUCUUCCUCGAGGGUAGCGCGACUGAAAAAAAAACCUCUGACACAUAUCAUAGUAACCCGUCUCAUAGGUCUCUAGGGAUAAAGGAUACGCUAGCGUAGUCGUGAUAAGGAAGAACGUGCGAAGAAUAAGGAUAAGAGCGCCGUUCACGACAAAGACGUUUCUUAAUGAUAUAGGGGCAUAUAAAGUACAUACAGAGCGUUUGAGAGAAGUAUAUCGUUAGAGACGGUUUAUCUACAGAUCUACCGGUUGAGCUUCUUUCCAUAGUAAGAAAUUAGCGAGUCACUUAAUCGUUCACUUAAUCGUGUUAAGACGUGAUUAUACUAACGAUAAGAUAAGUAUGUUGGAUGAGAAUGUGAUGAGAAGGUGCGCACAAAUAAGAAAGUAGAGUCGUAUAGUUAUCGUCAUAGUGUCAAUAUGUUGGCUACUCUAUUCCGUUAAUUAAUUAACGAUGCUCUUAUUAAAAAUACAGAACACAUGCAGCCGGUUAACAAACUAAUCUAUCGAGAAUCAUGCAGCGAUGCGCAGUGAUUUCUAAUAACUAUUCAUGCAAUGUGUUGUAUUCUGCAAACAAGAUUUCUCUGUCAACGAUAUGAAAAACGCCGAUACUGUGAACAAUAAUGUAUCUCAAGUUACACGGUGCAUCGAAUCUGCGGUUUUAGCUGCACUUUCAUGUACCUUCUUCACUUGAUAUUUUGCUGCAUAGCGCAAAUAUUGUCGAGAGACGAUAUUUAUUUCAAAAUUUUUAAAUAACGCUCGCGAAAAUAACCGAUUUAUAUGAUUACACAAAAAGAACUAUUUUCUAAUGUAUGAGAGCUCAUAUGUUAAAAUAAACGUAAUAACAUCAAGUAAUAAGUGAUCAAUUAAUUGAUAUUAUAUAUUCAUGAUAUUAAUUAAUAUCAUGAAUAAUUCUAAAAGGUGUGCCAAAAUUCUGAAAUAUCUUUCAGAUGUACGUUGCAUUCCUAUGCAACGAGAUCGUGACACAUUUGACAAAUAAUACGAUAAAGAAGGUGCAGC